AUGGGCGUCAAACGCGCUCGUGAAGAGCCUCUUUCUGCAGGCGUACAUCGAAAACGGCAGAGGAACAGAGACGCCCGAAGUAUUGCAACACAGUCGGCUUCACAGUCACUGCGACAAGGCGCGCUCCCUAUACAAGACUUUCUCAAUGCUCGACGCUUUGAGAUCCGUGCGCUGCGAGAUUCUAUGCGCAAAUCACGAGAGUCUAGCGUGCAGCGAGCUUUCCAAAGUCUGCCACGCUACCUGAGACGACGUGCCGCAAGCCACAACCCGAAGCGUGUGCCAAAACGACUGCGAUCGCGUGCGCGUGCAGAGAUUGACGAUGCCGAUGGAGGUGCAAGUAAAAACAAGCGCGUGCCCUUCAAGCGCAAACGAGGACGUCGCGAGACCAUUCGCAAACUUGCACAGCUCAGAGAACGCAAAGUGGAGGAGCAAACUGAGCGACUGGAAGGUACACCGUUGCCAGCAUUCAAGGCAACCGAAGGCGGUCGCUUCUGCAAGCGUCAGAGAAACAAAACUUGGCUGCCGAGCCAUCUAUGGACAAGCAAGCGUGCACACAUGCUCACACGCUGGGGAUAUGCAUUGCCGCAGUCUCCGAAUGAAAAGACGUAUCGUUCAACACAUCGUGCUUCCAAAGCUAAAGGCGUCAUCAUCUUCGAUACAUCGUACAUGUGCACUCUGAUACUACAAGGCAGAGCAGCCCACAUUGCUUCGCUGCUGGACGAUUUGACACGGUCCAAAGAAGCUGGUGGUUUGCGUGCACGUCGUGGUACCCGUGCUGUUGAGGCGCAUGCAUUCAAUAAGACCUAUUUGUGUCCAAUUUCUGUUCUUUGGGAUGGGUCAUCAACAGAUACGCACGCUCGUGUGCAACUUCGUCUCCAUCCAACAGCCUUUGCAUCCGUCUGGCAAGUACUGGUUCUUAUGCGAAAAGAGAAACAGCUGUAUCUCGUGCGCAUCAUUGAUGCGCGCUUUUCUCUCGGGUCCAUUGAGCUUGUUGGGCCCAUGGCAAUCAACACACUGCUUACGGUUCUCAAGUCAAAUGCCGAUGAUGAACACACCCGUGUCUUCAAGUCUCUUCACGGUCUGCUCCCAAAGGAGGUACCAGCGAAUGUUGUGUUGCCACUCCUUGUUCGAGACUCUCGCAGACAAUUUCCGCCGCGACCCAUUACUGAGCCGGCCAAGUCGCACAAUAAGCACCUCAAUGAGUGGCCUAUUCAAGGACCAAGCUCGCAACUAUUCCUUGUGGACCAGAUUGACCAAUGCAAUCGUUCCCGCCCCUCGCAGAGCGACAUUGACAAGAGCAAGUCUGAAUUACCCAAUGACACUAUCCCAGUUUUGUUAACCCGCACUCGGCUUGGGUUUUGCUUACAAGCACCUUGGGCCACCAUCACGGACUUUUGGUACUCAUUCAAUCAUAUCCCACAUGUGCGUUUUGGCGGCGUUCAAGAAUACAAGCAAGUUCACUACGAGUCAUCCGUACCGCACUUUCCGACCGACUUCCCCGGUACACAUGCUGGUAAUGCAGAAGCGAAACAUUUGCGUGAUGAGCUACAAGUUGCUCACCUGCGUCGACCACCUGCCAAGCGCCAAAAUUGGGACAAGUCUAUCGAUGGCAAGCCAGAGCUGGGCGAUCCAUUCGCGUGUGACUGGUACUUUCUG